AUGGCACUGUCAGAGAAAAUUCAACCAGUUGCUAAUAAUGAUACUCCAGAAUUACUAGAGGAAUCUUAUACAGAUGUUGAGGGAGAUGUUGAAAGAAAAUCUAGAUAUAUCAGUACUUUACACAAAGAAUACAUCCAAUGUGAUUUAUGUCAAGCUGAAUUUCUGACACCUGAUUCUUUAGAUGCUCACAGCAAAGACUGCAUCAAAAAUAAGAUUGGAGCAAUAUUUGACCAAGCACUUGUUAAUAAUGAUCAGUUUUUGUGUAAAUUUUGUGGUGAAGGAUUUGAACAAGUAGUUGACUUGACAAGACAUUGUGAGAUUCACAAUGAGCUCAGACUGAAGCAAGAACCUAAUUUGUUAGGUUUACUUGAUAAAGGAUCUAGUUUG